AUGGCCGAAGCUUCCGAUGAAUCAACGGACAUCGAGAAGCUGUACGAGUACGGAGAACGGCUCAACGAGGCCAAAGACAAGUCCCAAAAUGUGAAGGAGUAUGAGGGCAUAAUAGAAGCUGCAGGAGGAUUUAGUGUUAAGGCAAGACAAUUAGCUGCGCAGCUUAUUCCCAAGUUCGUCAAGUACUUUCCGACUCUUUCCGAACAGGCUCUCGAUCAGCAUGUUAAUUUGUGCGUGGAUGAAGAGCUUGGGGUACGGGUACAGGCGAUUCGGGGACUUCCUCUUUUUUGCAAGGACACGCCAGAAUGUUUGUCUAAAAUUGUCGAUGUUCUUGUGCAGCUUCUUGUAGCAGGAGAAAAUGUGGAACGGGAUGCUGUGCAUAAGGCCCUUAUGACUUUGUUGCGGCAGGACAUAAAGACUUCCUUGACGGUUUUGUUUAAGCAUGUUGGAAGCACUGAAGAACGCAGUACGGAUGAAACUGAAAGCAUGCGUGAGAAGGUUAUAUGCUAUAUCAGAGAUAAGGUGUUUCCUCUUAAAGCAGAACUAUUGACACCUCAAGAGCAAAUGGAGAGGCAUGUAACUGAUUUGGUGAAGAAAAAUCUACAAGAUGUUACUGGGGCAGAAUUUAAAAUGUUCAUGGACUUCUUGAGAAGGUUGAGCUUAUUUGGACAAAAUGCUCCCACAGAACGCAUUCAAGAACUUGUUGAAAUUAUUGAAGGACAGGCUGAUCUAGAUGCACAAUUUGAUGUUUCCGAUGGAGACCACAUGGACCGAUUAAUUUCUCUGCUGAACAUGGCUCUUCCUCUUUUCAUGAGGGGUGCAUCAAGCAGCAAGUUCUUCAACUAUUUGAUCAAACAGAUCAUACCUGUUUUUGAUGAGCUUCCUGAAGAUAGAAAACUCGACUUGCUCAAGAAUCUUGCAGAAUGUUCACAUUAUGUGGCACCGCAAGACUCCCGGCAGCUUCUUCCAUCUGUUGUUCAACUUCUGAAGAAGCACAUGAUUCGGAGAAAGCUUGAAGACAUUAAGUUCACUAAUGUUGAAUGUUUGUUGUAUACCUUCCACCAUUUAGCACAUAAGACUCCUAAUGCCACAAAUAGUCUGUGUGGCUACAAGAUUGUCACAGGCCAACCAUCUGAUAGGCUUGGUGAAGAUUUUUCAGAGUACUAUAAAGACUUCACUGAGAGAUUGGGUAUUGUAGAGGAUUUAGCUAAAGCUAUGAUCAAGAAGUUGACGCAAGGGAUGGCAGAGCACAACAGACUGAUGACUGCUGCUAAAACAGAUGAGGAAAAGAACAUUAUAAAGACACAGAAGCAGAACACUACGAGUGAGCUUCGGGCCUGCAACAACAUACUGGCAAUGACCCAGCCAUUGCAUUCAAAAUCACCUUCUUUUAUCGGAGACAAGAAAAUUAACUUGUCGUGGAAAGAAGCAACAAAAUUUUCAGUCCCGUCUACUGGUGCUGUUUCAGGUCAGAAACGUGCUGCCGCUGCUAAUGGUUCAGGCACUUCCGCUGCCAAAAAGGGUCGAGAAGCAGGUGGUGUACAAAACCAACUUGUACACAAGGCAUUGGAUGGUUUACAUAGCAGUGGGAGGACCGGUGGAAGAGGCAGGGGUUGGCGGGGACGUGGAAGGGGACGGGGCUAUCGUUAG